AUGCAGUUCGUCUUGCUUGUUGGUGACUCCCACCUUCGGCCCAUCGCGGACGGGUUGGUGGGACUGCCAGACCGACGUCUGUCCUGUGGCGUCCUGUCUGUCCCUGGGGCGUCGGCACUUGAGUUGCGUACUGAGGUGCUGAAUGCUGUACUGCCUCGCUCACCCGCGGCAGUCUGCAUAUUGGCACCCAGUAACGACUUGAGCGCCAGCGGGACCGUCAAUCAGGCAGGGGUCGCGUUUGGUAAGCUCCUGCUGACUGCCUGUUCUACCUGGCCCAACGUGUGUGUUUUGGACUUCCCUCGCCGUCUCACCGUAGAGCUGGACCUCCAGGAGCUUCUGAGCCAGGAAUACCACCGUGUGGCUGCACGUAUGGGUGUCAGGUACGUCUCUGCCACCCACUACUUUCCGCUGACACAACUGGACCUGUGGUGUUCUGACGGUGUCCAUCUCAGCAAGGAGGGCGGGAUGGAGAGGCUUGCGGAGUUGCUGUGGUGGACCCUCCACCACCAGCUGGAGCCCACAGUCCCGAGGGUCCAGACGCCUCCGAGGAUGUCGCCUCCUGCCAGACGUGUCGUCCCGAGGGCCCAGACUUCUCCCAGGACGUCGCCUCCUGCCAGACGUGUCGUCCCGAGGGCCCAGACUUCUCCCAGGACGUCGCCUCCUGUCAGACGUGUCGUCCCGAGGACCCAGACUUCUCCCAGGACGUCGCCUCCUGCCAAACGUGUCUCACCAAAACGGGUUGUGAAGGACGUGGUCACCGCGCCACGUCCAUCCAGCCCUUUGGAGCAGACACGUGUUCUGUCUUCACAGGUGGACGUGGGGGUGGAUUCGAUCCCGCUAAAUCCUGUGUGGUUUAGUCCGGCGAUCCUGGAUGUGAUGGAGAAUGCCGUUCCGGCCCACCUUCCCAGCGCUGUGGAGAGCGCAGCUCGUCCGGACGGCAGGAAGCAGAAGUCGACCGUGGAGCGCCGAGACAGAGGACCCUCCAAGAGGACCCGGGAGAAGCAGCAGGUGGAGGCACCAGCCGUGGAGGUGUCCUCCAAGCCAGCGCCUUGCAGUCCUAGGAGAGUGGUGGUGGAGCCUGGUGCGUCUGACCCUGCCCAGCCCCAGGAGUCCACCUUCCAGGAACGUCCCAGCCAGGAUCCUGCCGUUGGUCCGAGCCAUCGCACUCAAUCCGUGAGGGCGUCGCAUUCUCAGAAGGACGGGAGGUAUGGAACCUUUUCUCGCAAUCACCAGUGUACCUGCAUGGCUCUGACCUUUCUCGCCUACCACCAGGAGGGGGUGGAUUUUGACAUGGUCUCACUUGAUAGAGUGCUUGAACAGGGGAAUGCACUCUAUGUAGGUAUCAAAGAACAGUUGAAGGCGGACAAAAGGUUCAAAAGCAACCACUUGACCAUAGAGGAGAUGCCGAAACAGGUUUUCACCGAUUCGGAUACCUACAAUGUUCAGUUGGACAUGUCGGACUUGAGGGUUGGUUUCUUGAAGGCUGUAGACGGCAGCCCUCGAAGCAGGAGAGGACUGUGCCUUCGUGAACAGCUGAAGAGCCUCUCUGAAGGUGUCAACCUUGCUUUUCUCAUUGUCAUGCCUGAGUGCAUUGCAGUGUUCCGUGACCGGUCCGGACGCUACGGGUUUUUUGAUUCCCACUCAAGGUUCUACGUGGACUGGUUUCAGAGGUAG